AGCAAACAUGUUGGAGUGGAGAAUGUAAUUCGUUUGAAAAACAAAGCUCAUCAAGAAGUUCGAGCCGUUAAACUGGAAUUUAAUUCGGCGAAAGCACGAGAAGAACUACUAGGCAAGGGCGAAGUGUUGAUUGCAUAUAUGAAGUUCAAAGUGGUAGAGUAUUUUGCACAAGCGAAUGUGCUCAUCUGUUCCAAUUGCUAUGGUGUGGGUCAUUUUCGAAAAAAUUGUCCUCAACAAAACUUCGCUACCUGUAAAGUAUGCAGUGAAAAAUGUACCAAUUUGAACAAUCACCAAUGUUCAGAUGUUGUUAAAUGUGCUAACUGUGGAGAAGGACAUCCUGCGAAUACUGGUUCAUGUCGGAUAAUAAAAAAUUAUCGGGCCGCACUUACGAAGAAUCUAUUGUCAAAUCCUAUAACUGCUCCACCUUUGGUUGGAACUUUAAAUAUUCAACGUCCUCCUCCGGCUACAGAGUUGAAUUUCCCGGCGCUUGCAUCGGCUCAGAGGACUACUCUAGCGGGAUUAGGUUCGUUUCAGGUAGAAAACAUAUUGAGCAAAAAGAUGGAUGAGAUGAUGGAGCGAAUCGAAACUGAAGCACAGAAAACGCGUGCAUCGUUUGAAGAACUCAAAGAUGAAAUUUACCGGAAAUAUGAACAGACAAAGCAAAAAGUCGAAUUAUUGGAGAACAAAAUUACCGAGGUAAAGACAAAAUUCAACGAAUAUGUUAAGGAAUCUGCACGUGCCCUGUAUGAAAUUAGUGAUGCGCUCAUUCCUCUCAUUCCUCUGAACAAUCGUAAAUCGAACUUCGAUGUGCAUUGGACAGAAAUACGACAAAGCAUGGAGAAAUAUGCUCAAUAUGGCAUCUAUCUUGGGAAUGGAAAGACUAAUGGCA